UUGUGCGCAUGCGCACUCAUGCUCCGUCCCAGUCGCCGUGCUCAGCUCAGUCAGUCAGUCUGCGGGAGUCUGUCCUCGGAGUAGGCACUUGAAGGUGCUACGGAAAGCCAGCGACCCGAUUGUUCUAUCUUCCCUCCCUCUCUCCCGCCCCACAUCUCUCUUCACCCUUCUCCCGCUUUUGCUCGAGCAGCCAUGGCGGACUCGUCGGCGGCCACUCAAUCCCCGUCAGUCUCCUCGUCGUCCUCCGGGGCCGAGCCGUCCGCGCCCGGCGGCGGCAGCGGGAGCUCGGGAACCUGCCCCACCCUAGGGACCAAGAGCUGCGGCUCCUUCUGUGCGGUGCACGAUCUGAUUUUCUGGCGAGACGUGAAGAAGACUGGCUUUGUCUUUGGCGCCACGCUGAUCACGCUGCUCUCCCUGGCAGCUUUCAGUGUCAUCAGUGUGGUUUCUUACCUCAUCCUGGCCCUUCUUUCUGUCACCAUCAGCUUCAGAGUCUACAAAUCUGUCAUCCAAGCUGUGCAGAAGUCAGAAGAAGGCCAUCCAUUCAAAGCGUACCUGGACUUGGACAUUACCCUGUCCUCAGAAGCUUUCCACAACUACAUGAAUGCAGCCAUGGUGCACGUCAACAAGGCCCUGAAGUUCAUCAUUCGUCUCUUUCUCGUGGAAGAUCUGGUUGACUCCUUGAAGCUCGCUGUCUUCAUGUGGCUGAUGACCUAUGUGGGUGCGGUUUUUAAUGGAAUCACCCUUCUGAUUCUUGCCGAUCUGCUGGUGUUCAGUGUCCCAAUUGUGUAUGAGAAGUACAAGACACAGAUUGAUCACUAUGUUGGCAUUGUCCGGGAUCAGACCAAGUCCAUUGUUGAAAAGAUCCAAGCAAAAGUCCCUGGAAUCGCAAAAAAAAAGGCAGAAUAAGCAUAUGGAAACCAGAAACACAACAGUUACUAAAACACCAUUUAAUAGUUAUAAAAUAAUGUUGUUACUUGUACCGUGAAGGCACAUGCUCAGUGUCG